AUGUUUCCCGCUCUCCAUCGACUUCGACAAGUCUCGCAACAUAUCUUGCAACCCAAACCUAUUUCCAGAUUCUCAAAUCCAGCUACUUGCAGAAGCUCCUUCUUCCCCGCACAGCCGAUCUUUACUCCAGCACGCACCAUGGCUACAGGUAACAGUGGCAAGAUCACAGACUGGGUCAAUCCCAAUGACAAGUCGGGCGAGUUCAAGCGCCAGACGUCAGUCUUCCGCAACUGGAUCUCCAGAGAGCCUGGCGCUCAAUUUCCUCCCGAGAAGGGCCGUUAUCACCUCUACGUCUCUUACGCCUGUCCUUGGGCCCACCGGACUCUGAUCACGCGCAAGCUCAAGGGUCUUGAGGAUAUCAUCUCCUUCACCUCUGUCCACUGGCACCUAGGAGAAAAGGGCUGGCGCUUCGCAACCGCAGAAGAACAACAACCCGAAGAAAACGUCACCGCCGACCCUCUACACGACUACACUCACCUGCGCGAAAUCUACUUCUCCAAUGACCCCGACUACACCGGCCGGUUCACCGUCCCCGUUCUGUUCGACAAGAAAACCAACCGUAUCGUAAGCAACGAGAGCGCCGAAAUCAUUCGCAUGCUCUACUACGAAUUCGACGACCUCCUCCCGGAACCCUACAAAUCCAUCGACCUAUUCCCCUCGUCCCUCCGCACGGAGAUCGAUUCCUCCAACGAAUGGAUCUACAACGACGUCAACAACGGUGUCUACAAGUCCGGCUUCGCCACCACGCAAGAAGCAUACGAGAAGGCCGUCACGACAUUGUUCUCCUCUCUCGACAAGAUCGAGGCCCAUCUGUCGGAUUCGAAGAACGCGCCGUACUUCUUCGGCUCGGAGAUCACGGAGGCGGAUAUUCGUCUGUUCACAACAAUCAUUCGCUUUGAUCCGGUCUAUGUGCAGCACUUCAAGUGCAAUAUUCGGGAUAUUCGGUCCGGGUACCCAGCUAUUCAUCGCUGGAUGAGGAACUUGUAUUGGGAUGUGCCGGCUUUCAAGGAGACGACGAACUUUGAGCAUAUCAAGUUCCAUUAUACUAAGAGUCAUAAGCAGAUUAAUCAGUUUGCGAUUACGCCGGUUGGGCCGUUGCCGGAUGUUUUGCCCAAGGAUGAGGAGGUUAGGGCUGUUAAGGGUGCUUAG